UUGUGCGCUGGUGGGUUCUUGAGCUCUGCCGCCCAUGCGGGCAGUGUUAUCGAUGCUGAGACGGCGGACAUUGUGCGACGUGGUCUUCGGGUGCAAUGCGCGACGCGAUGAUGUCGAGUGCAAUCACUGGAAGGCUAAGGUUGAUGUCAGGUUUUAGCUGGCUUCCAAGCUCACCAUGCUCCUUGGCAACCCGCUUGCUGCCGCUUCAGUGGGGCCAAGCUGGCCCCAGCAUCUCCACCGGGUGCCAUGUAAGCGGGGCCAAUUUCAGGGGUCAGAUCCACGCUGGAUCUAACUCCCAAUUCCUGUGCCUUCCCUGUUGACUCUAUCAGAUGGGCGACUUCGACUUCAAAGCUUGCGACUCCAGCUGUUGACCCAUAGCUGACCACGUUGACACGAAGCGAAAGUGUUCCAUUUGAGGAACCCGCCCGAGACGAG